AAUUUUCCCAAAUUCUUCUAGGUAAUUUUCAUUUUUUCCCCAUUGUUGUAUUGGGUUUUCCACUGAUAAAUGGGUAUCUUCUGCAAAUAAAUUAAUUUUACUUGUUUUAAUACUCUUAGUUCCAUAACUAAUGUAUCUGUUUCCUGGAUCUUUAUUUUCCAAUAUUUCUCAAUAUAUUCCUCUAUUUUACUUUUGGAGUUUUCUUUUGCCAAGUAUAGUUCUUGAUAUGAUCUUGGAAAAGUUAAUAUUUUGUCUUCCAUCCUUCUUACCUUCCUUGUCUUUAAUGGAUGUUAUUAAUUUUUUUCCUUUCUAAUGUGUGCUGCUUUGGCUAAUAAUUUGGAGUUUCUAUUACUGUAUUCAAAGUAUUCUUGUUGUGAAUGCGCCUUCAGAGACUGUGAAUGAUAGUGGUGGGAUCAGGAGAGGAAGGAAAAACCCUCGCGAGGAGGGCUCAUUGGAGGAUUUGUUUAGGAAAAGGGUCAGGGAGACUGAUGGGGAGUCUUCUGAGCAGGAUUUAUGUGGGGAUCCUGAGGUGGAAAUGGAUGCUGGGGAACAGGUGUUAACGGAGGAAUUGGGCACGGACUGGGCACGGGCACCGGAGAUGCUUGGGGACGAAUCGGGGCCCAUGGAUACUGCUGAUGCUGGGGAAGCUUGGGUGUCUUCAGAAGCAGAUCCCACUUGGUCUGCUUGGAGGAGUGAGAGGGAGUCCACAGGUGUGGAUAGAGUUGGGCACGGGCAGGAUGAUUGGGACUCUGAUGAGGAAUUAGGAACGCCUGACCCAAGGGCAUUGGCUGUGUGGAGUUCUGAUUCAGAUUAAGAAGUUGAGAUACCUGCUCUUUGGGCGUGGAUAGUUUGGACGCCCAGGGAGACCUGGAUAUAUUGGGGUUGUUUGGCCAUUAUAAAUUGCGUGUGGCAAGGUAUUGCUGGGCGCCAUUGGGUUUCCUGUGUGUGUUACUGAAGACUGAACUGGGACUUUGCAACGGAUGUAAAUUUAAUCUGGGUUAUUCUGCAAUGGAGGGCUGGAAUUGUGUGGGUUUUCCUGGACUGCACUGUUAUUGCUAUUUUGUAUUAGCUGCUGUUUGCCCUCGUUACUUUGGCUCUUUGUGCCAUUUCGUGUUGUGACCUUCUUGGAUGACUUCAACCUUUCGGACCUUGGACCGGAACUUGACUCGGCUUUGCUCUUCGCUCUCAAUCCGUGGCUUGGCGUCGUUCUCUAUUCCGUGGCUAUCUGCUGUUGUUGACUACUACCUUCACUCCUGAUAACGACGCUGUCUGCUUAUCCCGACUUUGGACCGGCUUGACGACGUUCUCCCGCUCUGCUCCUUUAACUCCUGGCUUGGCGUUUGCUUCUGCAGCAGCUUGGCGUUGCUGGUUUAUCCCGACUUCGGACCGGCUUGACGACACUUUCCCGCUUUGCUCCUUUAACUCUUGGUUUGGUGUAUGUUCCAGCAGCGGUUGCUGUGAGCUCGCCAGCGUCUCACUGUUUCGCUGUCUUUGCUGCUCUCAGCUGGGUGUUCCCUAGCUCAGUUUGUGCAUUUGUUUGUUUUGAACUCCUUUUUUGUACUUUUGAGGUUUGGGAAAGGUUUGUGGGCUUCAAUACUGCUUGCUUAGUUCAUGCCUCCGUUUUUCAGCCCAUUGUGAACUUUUGGGUCAAGUUCUAGAACUUUAAGUUUAACCUGGAUUAUAUCUCUGGCUAAUCCGGAUUAUUUGCUAGUUCUUGUUUUUUGGUUUUUUUCCUGCUUGUUCUACUUAAUAACACUGAAAGUUAAGUGUUUUAAGUCUUUUUAGUUUGUUGAGCUAUUUUUUGGACUGUUGCUUUAAUAAACUCUAUUUUGCUCUCUAAUUGGCGUCUGACUUUUGACAAUUCUCCAUUUAAAAAUAUCAAAAUUCUUUGUGCCUUUUCUUACUCUAUUUUCUCAUUGCUAAUGUUUUUAUAUAGCUUUGUUUAUCCUUUUCUAGCAUAUGUUUCAUCUCUAAUUCCUUAUUUUAAUCUUUUUUUCUUGUUUUCUUUAAAUUUCGUUGUUUUUUAAUAACAUUCCUCUGGCUACUGCUUUCAUUGUAUCCCUUACCAUCACAGUGUAGCAAUUGAUGAUGAUGAUGAUAAAACCUCAUUUGUACCCUGCCACCAUCUCUCCUAAGGGACUCGGGGCGGCUCACAGAAGCAUUCCAAGUGCCCCGCAUAUAAACAACAAUACACAAGUAUAAAUAUAAAGACAUAAGUAAAAUCAACAGUGCAUAUAAAAUCCCACUAAUAAAAUUGUAAGAGUAUGAAAUUAUAAAAAUCCCUGAAAUGCAGUAGAACCUGCGGAAGGCCAGCUAGCUGCCGUAACAGUCCAACUGCGGAGCAGUGCUUCAUCAAGCUGAACAUAGAAGUGACCCGGGAAUGCGUGGCUGGGCAGGAGAGGGUUGAAAGGCCUUCCCCCAUGGAAACCCCUUUUCUUUCCUUCCUUCCCUCUCUGGCCGUGUUCCGUCUUCUCUCUCCUUCUCCGCCUUCUCUUCCUUUUGAGUUGAGCUGGGAUCACGGUGGCAGCGAGGGCCAGGACCCUUCUUGAGGCAACGAGGCCGCAUUUGAGGGAGGGCAAGCUCAUGCCUCUCCACUGGUGGGUGCGCUGAGGGAGAAGGGCCUGGCUCCCCUCCCUGUCAGCCUCGACUUCGCUCAGGUGAGCGAGGACGGCAAGGAGGGGGCUGGCGAGGAGGGGGAGCCGGGCACUUUUCCCUCAGCAUAUCCGCCGGUGGUGAAGAAUGGGGACCUCUUUGCCCUUCCUCAAGUAGGGUCUUGUAACCUCAGGGAGGUGCCCACCUUCAUUCAGUCACAAGGACAAGGACUGCAAACGGUGAGGGCUGCCCAUCAGCAACACCCGCCUCCCUCCCUCACCCGAGUAUAAGCCAAGGGGGGCUUUUUCAACAUUAAAAACAUGCUGAAAAGGCCAGCUUAUGCUUGAAUAUACGGUAUUUGUUUGCAGUUCUAUCGUUAGUAUUACAAACCUUCCUUCUACAUCUGUCUUAACCAUUUGAGAGUUUGGGGAGAUAGAACACCAGGCUAUUUCUUUGGGAAGUUCCCUCUGAGGCCAGUUCUUCUCCCAGUCGUUUUUGUUUUCAGCCGUAUAGAAUCAAGGGAUAACAUUUCAGGCCAUCUGGAGGCCCCUUGAAGUCUUCUUCCCAAAGGCAUCCAGGGAAGACCUUUUCUCUCCAUGGCCUCGAGUUUUCUUAGGAUUUCCUUGAGCCUAGCUAGUUCUUCUUCUGUUGCUGAAAAUCUUCCACUGGAUGGAGGAAAAAGAGGAGUUGGCAGGAAGGAGACUUUGUGGCUGGAGCUGUGCCUGUCUUUGCAUCUCAUCAUGGGCUCUACCGAGGGAACCAUGUUUGGGUCUGACCCAGUGGCCCUCUAAUAUGGGGAAAGGGUUCAGUUCCUUCCGUGAUUCCUUCCUUCUCUUAUCCUGUCCUUCUGUGUUUCCUCGCUUCCAUCUUUCCUUUCUUCUUUCCUUUUUCGCUUUGUUUGCCUUGAGCCAGAGGUAUGCGGCUUCAUGUCUAACCUUUUGCUUCUUCUUUCUUGACCAGGACAUGAGAGUUCUCUGGAGCCACCCCUGCCGUGAUGGGAAACGAACCAGCUUCUAGUCGAUAUUAAGGCAUUUGGAAACCAAAGUGCAGUAAGGAAACCAGUCCUCUAGGAAAAAGGAUUCCUCUCAAGUGGCUGAUCUUGCUGAAUCCCUACAUUCACUUUGGAUUAUAGAGUAGAACCAUAGAGUCGGAAGAGACUGCAUGAGGCACCCAGUCCAGGCCUCUGCCGUGCAGGAAAAGUGCAAAGUACCCCUGACAGAUGAGCAUCUAGCCUCUGUUUAAAGGAUUCCAAAGGAGCCUCCACUACAUUUUGAGGCAGAGAGUUCCACCGCUGAACAACUCUUACAGUCAGGAAGUUCUUCUUAAUGUUCAGAUGGAAUCUACUUUCCUGUAAUUUGAACCCAGUGCUGUGAGUAAUCAGAAAGGGAAAAACAAGAAUCAAGUGUCCAUUUUGGAAUUAAAUGUACAUAGCACUGUUGACAUGGAGGAGAAAGCAUAUAAAUGUAUCGAAUGUGGAAAGAGCUUUAGUCAGCAUGGAAACCUGAAGAGACAUCAAAGGACUCACACUGGGGAGAAACCCUAUAAAUGCCUGGAGUGUGGACAGAGCUUUGCUCAUAGUUCAGGACUACAUUCACAUCAAAGGACUCACACUGGGGAGAAACCCUAUAACUGCCUGGAGUGUGGGCAGAGCUUUGCUCAUAGUUCAGGACUACGUUCACAUCAAAGGACUCACACUGGGGAGAAACCCUAUAACUGCCUGGAGUGUGGACAGAGCUUCACUCAUAGUUCAGGUCUACGUUCACAUCAAAGGACUCACACUGGGGAGAAACCCUAUAAAUGCCUCGAGUGUGGACAGAGCUUCUCUCAUAAUUCACAUUUACAUAGACAUCAAAGGACUCACACUGGGGAGAAACCCUAUAACUGCCUGGAGUGUGGGCAGAGCUUCUCUCAUAGUUCAAGCCUACGUAGACAUCAAAGGACUCACACUGGGGAGAAACCCUAUAACUGCCUGGAGUGUGGACAGAGCUUUGCUCAUAGUUCAGGACUACGUUCACAUCAAAGGACUCACACUGGGGAGAAACCCUAUAAAUGCCUCGACUGUGGACAGAGCUUCUCUCAUAAUUUACAUUUACAUAGACAUCAAAGGACUCACACUGGGGAGAAACCCUAUAACUGCCUGGAGUGUGGGCAGAGCUUUGCUGUUAGUUCAGGUCUGCGUUCACAUCAAAGGACCCACACUGGGGAGAAACCUUACAAAUGCCUGGAGUGUGGACAGAGCUUUGCUCAGUCGGGACAUUUACAUUCCCAUCAAAGGACCCACACUGGGGAGAAACCCUAUAACUGCUUGGAGUGUGGACAGAGCUUCAGUGAUUGUUCAAGUCUACGUUCACAUCAAAGGACCCACACUGGGGAGAAACCCUAUAAAUGCCUGGAGUGUGGACAGAGCUUCUCUCGUAAUUCACAUCUACAUAGACAUCAAAGGACUCACACUGGGGAGAAACCCUAUAAAUGCCUGGAGUGUGGACAGAGCUUCGCUCUUAGUUCAGCACUACGUAGACAUCAAAGGACUCACACUGGGGAGAAACCCUAUAACUGCCUGGACUGUGGCCAGAGCUUUGCUCGUAGUUCAGGACUACGUUCACAUCAAAAGACUCACACUGGGGAGAAACCAUAUAAAUGCUUGGAGUGUGGACAGAGCUUUACUCAGGGGGGACAUUUACGUUCACAUCAAAAGACUCACACUGGGGAGAAACCAUAUAAAUGCUUGGAGUGUGGACAGAGCUUUACUCAGGGGGGACAUUUACGUUCACAUGAAAGGACUCACACUGGGGAGAAACCGUAUAAAUGCCUGGGCUGUGGCCAGACCUUUGCUUGUAGUUCAGGACUACAUUCACAUCAAAGGACCCACACUGGGGAGAAACCCUAAAAAUGCCUGGAGUGUGGACAGAGCUUUGCUUGUAGUUCAGGACUACAUUCACAUCAAAGGACCCACACUGGGGAGAAACCCUUGAAAUGCCUGGAGUGUGGACAGAGCUUUGCUCGUAGUUCAGGACUACGUUCACAUCAAAGGACUCACACUGGGGAGAAACCCUAUAAAUGUCUGGAGUGUGGUCAGAGCUUUGCUCGUAGUUCAGGACUACGUUCACAUCAAAGGACCCACACUGGGGAGAAACCCUAUAACUGCCUGGAGUGUGGACAGAGCUUCAUUGAUUGUUCAACUCUACGUUCACAUCAAAGGACCCCCACUGGGGAGAAACCGUAUAAAUGUCUGGAGUGUGGUCAGAGCUUUGCUCGUAGUUCAGGACUACGUUCACAUCAAAGGACCCACACUGGGGAGAAACCCUAUAACUGCCUGGAGUGUGGACAGAGCUUCAUUGAUUGUUCAACUCUACGUUCACAUCAAAGGACCCACACUGGGGAGAAACCCUAUAAAUGCCUGGAGUGUGGACAGAGCUUUGCUCAUAGUUCAGGUCUACGUUCACAUCAAAAGACUCACGCUGGGGAGAAACCCUAUAACUUCCUGGUGUGGACAGAGCUUCAUUGAUUGUUCAACUCUACGUUCACAUCAAAGGACCCACACUGGGGAGAAACCAUAUAAAUGCCUGGAGUGUGGACAGAGCUUUACUCAGGGGGGACAUUUACGUUCAAAUGAAAGGACUCACACUGGGGAGAAACCCUAUAAAUGCCUGGGCUGUGGCCAGAGCUUUGCUUGUAGUUCAGGACUACGUUCACAUCAAAGGACUCACACUGGGGAGAAACCCUAUAACUGCCUGGAGUGUGGACAGAGCUUCUCUCAUAAUUCGCAUCUACAUAGACAUCAAAGGACUCACACUGGGGAAAAACCCUAUAAAUGCCUGAAGUAUGGACAGAGCUUUGCUCAGAGUGGAACUUUACGUUCACAUCAAAAGACUCACACUGGGGAGAAACCAUAGAAAUGCAUGGAGUGUGGACAGAGCUUCUCUCAUAAUUCACAUCUACAUAGACAUCAAAGGACUCACACUGGGGAGAAACCAUAGAAAUCCAUGGAGUGUGGACAGAGCUUUUCACGGAAUAACAUACAUAGACAUCAUAGAAUUCACCCUGGAGAGAAUGGUGUUAAUUGACCCUAGAGUGUCAUUCUAACAUGUACAAAAGCAACUCUUGCACAUUUUGGAAAUUCAAGCUCAAAGUUGGGACAUUUCAUCACAUGUGGUGUAUUGUAGAAAGAUUGAACUAAAAUAUGUUCCAUUCUGGAAGUAUACAAGGUUACAUGAAACUAGAGUUUUAUAUGCUGAGAAUGUUGGAUGAUCAAUUAGAAUGAAAGCAUGGGUAGUUACUGCGAGAUACUCAAGUAAGAAUUGACAGGGAUGGAAGGAAUGUUUUAUUCCAAAGCAAAAAUAAUGGCUUAUGAAGACCUGCAAAUUAGCCACAUCAAACUAACUGACAACAUGCACAAAUGUCAGUUGUAAUAGGUAUUAAUUGGAAGAGUGUUAUCAGAAAUAGAAGUGUUGUUAUAUUAUCUAAAGGGAGUAGAAUAAAGAGAGAUAAAAAUUAACAGAUAGAAUGAGGCUUUUAGGCACGUUUCCCUGUCUGUUUGUUAGUUCAGUUGUGUGUCUAUGUAGGUCACUGUUUUGCUAGUGUGUUAGUUUCUGAUUUAGUUUUGUAUCUCAUGUAGUAGUUAGUUUCAUGUUCAGUUGAAGCAUUAUAAAUUAUUUCUGCCUUCCUUGUAUUGUUACUUUUAAUUUUCAAUGUUUUUAUUUUCAAAAAAUAGGGUGAUUUAUAAGGGUCAAAACGGCUGAAACUGGAGGGGUGGGUAGAAAUGGCUGACUAAUCGAUUUUCUGUAUUUGAAAACAAAUUGUAAUGCUUAGAACCGCUA